AUGAUUAUUAAAGUGAAGACGUUGACAGGGAAGGAAAUCCCAGUUGAAAUAUCCGGAAAUGAACCAGUUUAUAGAAUUAAAGAAUUAUUGGAGGAAAAAGAAGGCAUUCCUCCUUCACAACAAAGACUUAUAUUCCAAGGGAAACAAAUUGAUGACGAACAAUCGGUUAGUUCUGCCAAUUUGGUAGAUGGUAUGCAAUUACAUUUAGUGUUGACAUUGAGAGGAGGUUGUUAA